AUUAACGUUAUGAAGACAAAAUAAUUAAUGUGUGUCUGCAGAUACAUUAUUAUAAUUAAAAACCAGUUGUUAAAAAAAAUAAAAUUGUGUUAAACUUUAGUAAUGAGUAUUGUGAAAAAAACUGUUUUAUUAUUUUUAGCGAUAGCGUCAAUUAGCCCUAUUAGAGGAAGACAAAAACUGCCUUCAUUCUUAAAAAUCUGCUCCAAAUCGGAUCCAAAUUUGAAGAAAUGCUUCAUCGAAUCUGUAGAACACUUAAAACCUUACUUGGCCAAAGGUAUUCCAGAGUUCGACAUCCCGCCAUGUGAACCGUUGGAGAUUCCAGAAGUUGUCAUCGAUCAAGGAACAGGCCCGGUGUCAGUUUAUUCGUGCUACAAAAACGUCAAAGUGUAUGGACCGUCCCAGUUUGAAAUUAAAAAUAUAAGGAUAGACAUUGAUAAAGGCAAGUUAAAGAUCAAACUGUGGUUACCCCGACUGAACGUUGUGACGAAUUAUAGCAUGAACGGUCAGAUUUUAAUGAUGCCAAUUAAAGGAUCGGGUUUAAGCACAGGGAAUUAUACAGAAAUUGAGGCUAUUUUGAGCAUGAAAGCAAAGAAUAUCGAAAAAGACGACGAAAUAUAUUACAAUAUUCAGGACUGUUCAGUGGAUUUCAAAAUCGGACAUGCACAACUUAAUUUUGAAAACUUAUUCGAUGGCAACAAAGAGUUGGGUGAUGUAAUGAACAUGUUUCUCAACGAUAACUGGAAAACAGUUACCAACGAGGUAAAGCCUAUUUUAGAGGACAGACUUGCUGAAAUAUUUAAGAAAUUUGCCAAUAAGAUAUUCCACAAAUAUCCAAUCAGUAUGCUCUUUCCCCAGUAAAACCUGAACAGAGUUUCAGUGGUGUAAAAUAUACUUUGUAUAUUUUCUGUUAAAUUAUUGUAUUUUAAUCCUCUACUACUGUAUUUAGUAAUAAAUUAUCCAAUUCUAUAAAUAAUGUCAAGUUACUUGUUUUAUAAAAAAUAAAGAGUUCCUAAUUCAAGAUUCUGUUUUAUUUAACAAAGUCGCAGUUUGCAAAAUAAAACACUAAUUCAUCACAAUACACCAAAAAAUUUUACUUUAACACUGGACGCGAGUUUUUCCAACCAUAUUGGCAUCAUCAGCAGAUGAUUAAAACUUGACGAUGAUAUUCAGUGAAUUAUUGCAAAAUUUUUACUCUGGCGUAUGUCAAUCAUUAAUAAAGACAAUGCCAAACAGGCUUGCAGUGGUUGCAAAAGUUCAUGCCGAUGUAACGCCAUAUUAGAA